AUGACUACAGUUGAAAAAAUAAAGGCCAUCGAAGAUGAGAUGGCCAAAACUCAAAAAAACAAAGCAACUUCUUUCCAUUUGGGUCAACUAAAAGCAAAACUAGCAAAAUUAAGAAGAGAAUUAUUAACAGAUGGUUCAUCUGGAGGUGGAGGUGGUGGUGUUGGAUUUGAUGUUGCAAGAACUGGGGUGGCCACAGUGGGAUUUGUUGGUUUUCCAUCAGUUGGUAAAUCCACUUUACUAUCAAAAUUAACAGGUACUCAUUCAGAAGCAGCAGCAUAUGAAUUCACAACUUUGACAACAGUUCCAGGAACAAUUAAAUAUAAGGGAGCUAAAAUACAAAUGUUGGAUUUACCAGGUAUUAUAGAAGGUGCAAAAGAUGGUAAAGGUAGAGGUAAACAAGUUAUAGCAGUUGCAAGAUCAGUUAAUUUAUUAUUUUUAGUACUUGAUGUCAAUAAGCCAUUACAACAUAAAAAAAUUAUAGAACAUGAAUUAGAAGGAAUGGGAAUAAGGAUAAAUAAAGAACCACCAAAUAUUGUAAUCACGAAAAAGGAACGAGGUGGGAUAAAUAUAACAAACACAAUCCCCUUAACUCAUUUAGAUAAUGAUGAAAUAAGAGCAGUAAUGUCAGAAUAUAAAAUAAAUAGUGCAAACAUUGCUUUUAGGUGUGAUGCAACAGUUGAUGAUUUAAUUGAUGCAAUAGAAUAUAAAGCAAGAAAAUAUAUCCCAGCAGUUUAUGUACUAAAUAAAAUUGAUUCUUUUUCAAUUGAAGAAUUAAAUUUAUUAACUAAGAUCCCAGAUGCUGUACCAAUUUCUUCUGGAAAUGGUUGGAAUUUAGAUGAUUUAUUAGAAGUUAUGUGGUCAAAAUUAAAAUUAGUAAGAGUUUAUACAAAACCAAAAGGUAAAUUACCAGAUUUUAAUGAACCAGUUGUUUUGAGAAGUGAUAGAUGUACAGUUGAGGAUUUUUGUAAUUCUAUACAUAAAUCAUUGGUUGAAGAUUUUAGAAAUGCUUUAGUAUUUGGUACAUCAGUAAAACAUCAACCACAAAUCGUGGGGCUAGGUCAUGAAUUAGAAGAUGAAGAUGUUAUAACUAUAUUGAAGAAAUAA